CGGGAAACCGCGUGGUGGGUGCGGGGUGGCAGUGGUCCUGUCGGCGGGUUGUUUAGAGAGCUGGAGAAAUGGCGGUGCAGCCCAAGGACACGUUGCAGCUGGAGGGCGCGGCGGAGGCCGGCUUCGUGCUUUUCUUCCAGGGCAUGCCGGAGAAGCCGAGCACCACGGUGCGCCUGUUCGACCGCGGUGACUUCUAUUCGGUGCACGGCGAGGACGCCCUGCUGGCCGCCCGGGAGGUGUUCAAGACGCAGGGGGUGGUCAAGCACCUGGGGCGGGCAGGAGGAAAGACUCUGGAGAGUGUUGUGCUUAGUAAAAUGAAUUUUGAGUCUUUUGUGAAAAAUCUUCUUCUAGUUCGUCAGUAUAGAGUUGAAGUUUAUAAGAAUAAAGCUGGAAACAAAGCCUCUAAAGAGAAUGACUGGUAUUUGGCAUUUAAGGCUUCUCCAGGAAAUCUUGCUCAGUUUGAAGACAUUCUCUUUGGUAACAAUGAUAUGUCAACUUCUAUUGGUGUUGUGGGUGUUAAAAUGUCUACAGUGGAUGGUCAAAGACAAAUUGGAAUUGGGUAUGUCGACUCCAUACAGAGAAAGCUUGGACUGUGUGAGUUUCCUGAUAAUGAUCAGUUUUCCAAUCUGGAGGCUCUACUGAUUCAAAUUGGACCAAAAGAAUGUGUUUUACCAGGAGGAGAGACUGCUGGAGACAUGGCGAAGUUGAGGCAGGUUAUUCAAAGAGGUGGAAUCCUGAUUACAGAAAGAAAAAGAACUGACUUUUCUACAAAAGAUAUUUACCAGGACCUUAACCGGUUGUUGAAAAGCAAAAAGGGUGAACAGAUGAAUAGUGCUGUCUUGCCAGAAAUGGAGAAUCAGGUUGCUGUUUCAUCCUUGUCUGCAGUAAUCAAGUUUUUAGAACUCUUAUCUGAUGAUUCAAACUUUGGACAGUUUGAACUGACUACUUUUGACUUCAGCCAGUAUAUGAAAUUGGAUAUUGCAGCUGUCCGAGCCCUUAACCUUUUCCAGGGUUCUGUUGAAGAUACCUCGGGCUCUCAGUCUCUGGCAGCACUGCUGAAUAAGUGCAAAACCCCUCAAGGACAAAGAUUGGUUAACCAGUGGAUUAAGCAGCCUCUCAUGGAUAAGAACAGAAUAGAAGAGAGAUUAAAUCUAGUGGAAGCUUUUGUAGAAGAUGCAGAACUUAGGCAGAGUUUACAAGAGGAUUUGCUUCGUCGAUUUCCAGAUCUUAACCGACUUGCUAAGAAAUUUCAAAGGCAAGCAGCCAACUUACAAGAUUGUUACCGACUCUAUCAGGGUAUAAAUCAACUCCCUAAUGUAAUUAAGGCUCUGGAAAAAUACGAAGGAAAACACCAGACAUUGUUGUUGGCAGUUUUCGUGACUCCUCUUACGGAUCUUCGUUCUGAUUUCUCCAAGUUUCAGGAAAUGAUAGAAACAACUUUAGAUAUGGCUCAGGUGGAAAACCAUGAAUUCCUUGUAAAACCUUCAUUUGACCCUAAUCUGAGUGAAUUAAGAGAAAUCAUGGAUGAUUUGGAAAAGAAGAUGCAGUCAACAUUAAUAAGUGCCGCUAGAGAACUAGGCUUGGAUCCUGGAAAACAGAUUAAACUGGAUUCCAGUGCACAGUUUGGAUAUUACUUUCGUGUAACCUGUAAGGAGGAGAAAGUUCUUCGAAACAAUAAAAACUUCAAUACAGUAGAUAUCCAGAAGAAUGGUGUUAAAUUUACUAACAGUAAAUUGUCUUCUCUCAACGAAGAGUAUACCAAAAAUAAGACAGAGUAUGGAGAAGCCCAGGAUGCCAUUGUUAAGGAAAUUGUCAAUAUUUCUUCAGGCUAUGUGGAACCAAUGCAAACACUCAAUGAUGUAUUAGCUCAGUUAGAUGCUGUAGUCAGUUUUGCUCAUGUAUCAAAUGGAGCACCUGUUCCAUAUGUACGGCCUGUCAUUUUGGAGAAAGGACAAGGAAGAAUUACCUUGAAAGCAUCCCGGCACGCUUGUGUUGAAGUUCAAGAUGACGUCGCAUUUAUUCCUAAUGAUGUUCAUUUUGAAAAGGAUAAACAGAUGUUCCACAUCAUUACUGGUCCCAAUAUGGGUGGUAAAUCAACAUAUAUUCGCCAAACUGGGGUGGUGGUUCUCAUGGCCCAAAUUGGGUGUUUUGUUCCAUGUGAGUCAGCAGAAGUGUCUAUUGUGGACUGCAUCUUGGCCCGGGUAGGAGCUGGUGAUAGCCAAUUGAAAGGUGUGUCCACAUUCAUGGCUGAAAUGCUAGAAACUGCUUCUAUUCUAAGGUCUGCAACCAAAGAUUCUCUAAUAAUCAUAGAUGAGUUGGGAAGAGGAACCUCUACCUAUGAUGGGUUUGGGUUAGCAUGGGCCAUCUCAGAAUACAUUGCAACAAAGAUUGGUGCUUUUUGCCUAUUUGCAACCCAUUUCCAUGAACUUACUGCCUUGGCUAAUCAGAUACCAACUGUCAAUAAUCUGCAUGUCACAGCACUUACUACUGAAGAGACCUUAAUUAUGCUCUAUCAAGUGAAGAAGGGUGUCUGUGAUCAGAGUUUUGGGAUUCAUGUUGCAGAGCUUGCCAAUUUCCCUAGGCAUGUGAUCGAGUGUGCUAAGCAAAAAGCUCUAGAACUAGAAGAAUUUCAGAAUAUUGGAGAAUCCCAAUAUGAUGGUAUGGAACCAGCGGCAAAGAGAUGCUACCUGGAAAGAGAGCAAGGUGAGAAAAUUAUCCAGGAGUUUCUCUCCAAGGUGAAGCAAGUGCCUUUCUCUGAAAUGUCGGAAGAAAACAUCACAGUAAAGUUGAAACAACUGAAAGCUGAGGUGAUAGCAAAAAACAAUAGUUUUGUAAAUGAAAUCAUUUCACGAAUAAAGGUUACUACAUGAGAAGAAUGAAGAUAUAUCAAGCUAUUGUCUGUAAUGCUUUUGUAUUAUUUUAUAUCAACUCUUUUCAUACUGUUGGCCCAUGGGAUGUCACUUUAAUAAAGUAUUUAGUAAUGCUUUGCUUUACCUGAAUAUAUUUUCAAAGGUCUUUAUCUAGAAACAGGUUCGCUGUAACUCAGAAAUACUUAAGUGGGGGCACAGGCAAUAGUAUGCAAAAUGUUGAAAUUCUAUAAAUAAAAUCAUGUAGUUUGUGAAA